AUGCUGGCCUUCGUGCCAAUUGGAAGAACACUUGAGAGACAUAUGGGCACCUUGAAGUUUGCCCACUUGAUAGGCCUCAUCAUUAUUCUGGGCGAGGCGAUUUAUCUUCUGCUGGCCUACACGUUGACACUGUCGAUGGUCUAUCCAGCCAUCAUGCUGGAGUGCCCCAUCGGCUUCUCAGGUGUGGUGUUUGGUCUCAUCGUCAUCGACACAAAGCUGAGUGGUGCCAGCCAGCGCAGCAUUCUGGGGCUCUUCACCGUCCCUGCUGCGCUGUACCCAUGGGCGCUGCUUGUCUUCUGGCAACUCAUGAUCCCGCGCAUAUCCUUCUUUGGCCACCUCUGCGGAAUAUUGGUGGGUGAGAUGUACGUACGGGACUGGCUGCAGUGGGUGGUGUUGUCAACUGCCACAGUUGAGAGGAUGGAGGACUACUCAUGGCUAUCGUGUUGCACCCAUCGCUCCAGCUAUGUGUCCUUGACCACUGCAGGUCCCCAGCAACUGCCAACUCAAAGCCCUGGUGGGAGCGGAUGGAGCGUCCCGAGUAUGAGCUGGCUUCGUGGUAACAGGCAGCAACAGCCUGCGCUGGCAGACCCUGGCAGCGUUUUUGCCGGGCCUGCUAGAACAGUUGGCGGUGAACGGCGGGAUGGCGAUGUCCCCCCAUGGGCACACGUUGAGGCCGAGCUUACUCGUGUAGAGGCCGGUGCAUCUGCACAUGCGCUGGGGACAGUGGAGCCAUCCGCAUCAUACCCCGAGCUGCCAACCCACAUUGCGGAGCGGCAGCCACUGGUGGAAGAGCCGCAGCCCAGCGGGAGCGAUGGGGACCAAGGUGCCGCGCCUUUUGACGACUCGGCCCGCCAGCAGCUGCUGGAGAUGGGCUUCAAACCGCAGGCCAUACAGGCGGCGCUGCGGGCAGCGGAUGGCGACGUGGAGCGGGCUGUGGAGAUUUUGACCGGGCAAUGA